GUGGAGGCCGGCGGUCUGUUGGCAGCGAGCCAGGAGCCGCCGGAACGCGGUCACACACCAAAACAUGAUGUUUUCUCGAGAGAAAAUAACGAUUCUGGCCGUAGCCAUUUCCUUAGAAUUCGAUUAAAAUUUACAAAAGUAAAUAUUACAGUAAAAUGUAAGUACAUACAUCUAGUAUCGACAUCUUGAGGUGCUACUGACCACUCACGCAGUUUAAGUGUUCCGUGAAAAGUAGUUCAUAUCGCGUUAGCUCUGUGAAUACCGAUCGUUAGGUCGAAGAUAAUGGACGCCGUGUAUCCGCGCGGUGGUCGUUGGAGACGAGUCUCUCGCCAGAGACACCGCACCAUGCCCGUCACUUUCGCGGAGAUCAAGGAGGUGGAUGAAAACUUGGAGACAGAGGACACGUGCAGCGCUAGCGGUGCGAGUGUGGCGAGUGCAGCGAGUGUACGGAGUGUGGAGACUGUUGUGAGCGCGGCGGAGUGUUGUCCAGAACUCCACCGCCAGUUCGCGGAGUUUCGUCGGCGCCGCGUCCGCCGCGAGCCUCUUCACAACGUUCCCGAGCCGCCGUCCUCCACCACAUCCUCGUCGGUGUCGCACGCCGUUCCCUCUCUGGAUGCUACUAUUUCGUCCUCGUCGAGAGCUUCCUCCGAACCUCUCCCUGCGGCACCCUCGUGAACGCAGCCGCUGUGCCUCUUUUAUUUGGGAUAAAAUACUCGUUCCCGAUAUUUAACCUCAGGUUGAAGAUGAGCUCCGACGUUAAUGUUUUAUGAUUUCAUUCAUUUUAGGAAAAGAUUUUUUAACGACGAAUAUAUCGAUACAUAUAGUUCGACUUCUGCGUCGUUAUGAAUGUUCACUUGUCAUAGGUCACAGGUCAAGUUAGUCCAGAUACGACAUUCGGUUGUCGUCGAGCAAAUAAAAAAGUCCACGAAGCAGGUCUCUUGUACGAACCCGUAGUGAAAAAACGAUGUCACGAUGAAUGGAUAUAAGUAUUUAGUAAUUAUAAUUCUAUUAGUAUUAUUCAGGUGUUUCAGUCGUAAUAUACACGGGUAGAUAUCGUCAACAACGGCCGCUUGUUUCUCUGUAUAUCAUUAUCCGAGUACAUCGUCUAAUCCGCCAGGGACCGUCAGUGCUGCGUGUGUUGUGUGUGAGCCGUUCGCCGUGACAUCGUUGUAAGACUUUCACUUUAUUCUUGGUCGUAUUCACCGUCUCAUACGUUUCAUUGUGAUUGUAAACGCUCGUCGUUUAUCGUACAUGUUCUAUUAUUUCAUCAAAGUUUUGUCGAAUAAUAAUUUAGGCAUCUGUUAUUUGUAUUUAGUUUGUCCAAAAGUUCGUGAACAGUAGUAGCUUUGCCAUUUCUUCUGGGCUGAGAAUAAUGAAAGUUUAGUUUGUGUUUCUUCCAUAAUGAGUUUUUUUAGAAAUCCUGCGUUAUAACUGUCUUACCUUAAAUAUUUAUAAAUUAAAUGUCGAUACAAACAAUAUAUUUGUUAACAAAUAAAUUUGAGAUAUACUAACUGACUAACGAGUUGUUAACCCUUAUUUAAUUACUAUUAAAAAAAAAUAUACGUAUUUAAUGUUUCUGUGACUCUUGGUCUAAAGUCCUUUCAAAAAAUUAGGACCCGCCGACGAUUUCAAUUAAUUUUUAAUUUCUAGAAGUAUAUAACUUGAAUUAUUUCAUACAGAAGAAUUAAAAAGUAAAGGAUUUUAAA